AUGAAUGCUUUCUUCGAUGGGUUCGUGCAUGCUGGUAUGACGUUGAAAGAAUUUGUUGACCAAUUUGAUAAUGCGCUCAGGAAGAAGGUGGAGGUCGAGACGACAGCUGAUUUCAACUCCGCAAACCAAACCAUCCCAUAUUCAUCCGCAUUUCGCAUUGAGAAGCAAUUUCAAGCUAUGUAUACGAACGCAAAAUUUAAGGAGGUCCAACGAGAGGUGUGGGGAAUGAUUUUAUGUAACUGCAUACUUAUAAGCAAGGAGGGUUGCAUUUCCACUUAUGAUGUGUUUGAUGAAAUUACCACUGAUGAUGACCAUGUCAAGAGCAUGAAGUACACAGUUUACUUUAACGAUGAGGAAGUUGAUGUUAAAUGCACAUGUUCAUUAUUUGAGAUGAGGGGAAUUCUCUGUAGGCAUGCAUUGAACGUUUGCCAGAUAAAUAAGAUUCAUGCGUUGCCGGAUAAGUACAUCUUGGAUCGCUGGAGGAAGGACUUAAAGAGGAGAUAUACGGUGGUAAAAAGUAGCUAUGAUGACUUGCGGCAGAAUGCGGACUCACGGAGGUAUGAGUUCGUGGUUAAACGAUGUCUAAAAUUAGCAACUCGUGUAUGCAGCAGUGAUGACCAUGUUGAUGCAUUCAUGUCCCACUUGGAUGAGUUUGAGAUUAAAUUUAAAGGAUUAACACUUGAGUCCGGUUCAAGCAAGGUAAAAGAGACUACAGCCCCCACCAAGGGUAAGCUUAUCUUAAGCCCGCACGUUGUUCAAGGGAAAGGGAGGCCGCCAACAAAAAGGAAGGUUCCGCCUUUGGAGAAGGCUGCAACAAAGCGAAAGAAGAAACCGACUUGUAGGAAAAUAUUUGAUGAAACAUCACAUGAUUCAGAGGUCUCAGAAGCUCCUACAACUGAUCAGGUACACAGUGGAAGCAAGGAUGAUUUUGUUGUUCUAACACAGUGCAGUACGUUCACAAACCCAACGCCAUCGGAAAAUGAGGAGAACUAA